CUUAGGUUGUUAUUGUAGUAGAGAUCAUUGAUCGGUUUAGCUUGGGUAAUCACUAUCAUUAUCACAGUGUUAUAACUGUCCUAUUCUAGGAAAAUGGCCGAACAAGUAAAUGAUAUUCGUCCAGAGGGUGAGUUAGAAGACAAGCCAACAGAAACGAAAAAGAAGGCAACUCCCGAAACUCAAAGAAAUGACCGCUUCAAAGUUCGUCAAGUUGGGUUCACUGGCUCUGAGAAUCCAUCCACCAAUGAAGCUAAGGAAAAGAAGGAUGGUAUUGAACAUCAGGAGGAUGUAAAUGAAUCUGGCGAGAAACCAUUUGAGCCACAAAGUCCCCACCACGAGAACUUUACUCAAGGGUACGCUACUAAUGAGGCCCUUCCAAUGACUGUAUUCUAUCGGAAUACCUCGUCACAAACACCGGGAGGCAAACACAGACCUACUUUACAAGAACUAAGGAAAGGUCUAGAGAGUGAUUCAUCCUUUCAACCCUUAGUUGAACACUCUCAAGAUGACAAAUCAGAAGAUGACCAACAGCUGGAAAUCAAAAGCAGCACUGCCAAUGCACCCAAAUUUGGCUGGAUCAAAGGAGUCUUGUUUGGCUGCCUUCUUAACAUAUGGGGCGUCAUGUUAUACCUGCGUCUGUCAUGGGUUGUUGGACAAGCAGGGAUUGGAAUGGCUACUGUUAUUAUAUUGCUUUCAGCUGUUGUUACAACACUUACAACUCUUUCCAUGUCAGCUAUUUGUACUAAUGGAGAGGUGAAAGGAGGAGGUGCAUAUUUUCUUAUCUCCAGAAGUCUUGGCCCAGAAUUUGGUGGAUCCAUUGGAGUGAUCUUCUCUAUUGCAAAUGCAGUUGCCAUAGCAAUGUAUGUGGUAGGAUUUGCUGAAACAGUACGAGACCUCUUGCGAGAGAACAAUGCUCUGAUGGUCGAUGAAGUGAAUGACAUUCGCAUCAUUGGUCUUAUAACAGUCGUCGUCUUAUUUGUUGUGGCAAUAGUUGGUUUGCAGUGGGUGGUUCGGACUCAAAUUGUCCUCCUGGCUAUAUUGAUCAUAUCCAUAUUUAAUGUGCUUAUUGGGUCUAUUAUUGGUCCUCAAAAUGCAGAAAGCCAAGCUAAGGGGUUUGUAGGUUACAACAAGGAUGCAUUUUAUACUAACAUGAAGCCAGACUUUGUAGGCGAAGGAUUCUUUUCUGUUUUUGCUGUCUUUUUCCCAGCAGCGACAGGUAUUCUUGCUGGAGUCAAUAUCUCAGGAGACCUCAAGAAUGUCAAUUCUGCUAUCCCUAAAGGCACUCUGCUUGCAAUCGUCAUUAGUUCUCUUGUGUAUAUACUUCUGGCCUGGGUAGUUGGUGCAACUUAUAUUAGAGAGGCAACAGGGAUUGUUGCUGCUGGGCUAGCAAAUACAACUCUUGCCAAUAAAACAGAGGCAUUGUCUUGUCUUUCAAGUGACCGUAGAUAUGGAUUACUAAAUGAUUUCCAG